AUGAGCGACGCAGAUGGCAUUGAUCUCGUGCAGGAGCAUCAUGAGCGCAGUGCGCACGUGGACGAGAGUCUUGGACGGUAUUCCGCAUACACGAUGCGGCUUAAGACGCUCGUGACGUCAGUGUCUCGGUACAUUGCGUACACGUCGGACGUCGGCGAGGCAUUUCGGCCUCUGACGCGGCCGAUCGUCGUGACAAGUGCAUAUGCCAUCAGUUGGGCGUACAUUUUCACAGACGUGGGAUGGACAUGCUGGCAGGCUGCGAAGCUCCAAGACCGCGACUCUCCCACGCUGGCUUCUGACAUUGCGUGGAUCGCUGCGCGUCGCGGCGCAUUCCAGUCACUUGCAUCGCUAGUCCUGCCGGCCGUCACGAUCCACAGCGUCGUCAAGCACUCAGCGCACCUAUUUGCCAAGUUCAAGUCGUCGCGCGUGCGAGUCGCCGGACCGACGGCCGCUGGCCUCCUUGUUGUGCCGCUCUUGCCGAUCGUCUUUGACGACCCUGUCGAGACGGUCGUUGAGCGUGUGUUUGAUGCGCUCGAGUACCGCCUCGCUGCAUACAGGGGCGAUGUACAUGCACGCAUGUCACUUGAAAAGGGCAGCUUACUGCAUGGCUACCACAUACCCGCGGCUGACGAGUCCCAUGAACAUGGUGUAGACCCGUCCCUUGCAGCGCAACUUGCGAUUCUUGGCGUCGGCGUUGACUUGGUGCAUGUGCCGCGCAUGCGACAGCUCGUCGCCCGGCAUGCACGCCGAGUGCAUGCCCUUUCCUUCGAGCCACUCGCUGCUGCGGCGCCGUCCUGGAUGCGAGCGUCUCGCACUCCCACCGACGAUGGGCCUUUGGCGUCGACGUCUUCGUCCGACACUGUAUCUGCAUCUCUCUCGUUGCGCAUGGCUGCACAGCAUUUCGCGCGCCGCACUCUUUCUCAAAAGGAAUGGGACUCGUUUGUCAGCGCACCGUGUCUCACGCACGACGAGCGCCUGCGGUUCCUCGCUACUCGGUACGCAGGCCACUGCAGGCACUGA